AUGGCUCAACAAGAACUGUUACAAUAUGUCAAUAGCUAUAACUCAUCUUGCCAGUUUCAUCUAGCAGAUACUUUCAAUCUUAUUCUUUUCGCACCUUGUGGUGGUAGUCUAACGCCGACUGAUAUGCCCAAUCGAACACAAGGAGGUUGUCGUCGUCCAGGACCAUAUUGCACAUAUACGUACAACGAUACAUGUCUUGAUGGUGAUCCUUGUGAAACAACGAUAGUUCAAGAUACUCUUAGCGAUCAAUUUAUGGAGAAUGUCGCCGCAGCAUUGAAUAACACAUAUGGUUUAGAACCAUUCGUUGUCAUUGGCAAAUGA